AUGAGCGAAAAAGAGGGCAAUAAAGUGACUCCUAAAUCUACAUUAGAAGCAGAUUUCUCUGGUGCCGGUCGAUCUGGAACAGUUUCUCCAAAAUCUAUUAAAAAUCCGUCUAAUCUGUCACAAUCUCCUCGCCGAUUUUCUUCUUCUUCAACUCGCAGCUAUGAUACCAACGAUUAUUAUUCGAUUUCUCCUGUAAAUCAGCGAGUGUCUUCGGCAAUGUCUUUGUACGGCCGAGGUUAUAAUCGAAGCCUUCCUCGUAGAAUUUCAUUAAAUUCUUCAAUAUCUAAUUUCAGUACAAUGUCCGAAACAUCUUUACCAUGGACUACUAAGGACAUCGGGUUCAACGCGAUUUCUGGUGUACUAAAUGAUCCAAAUGCGAAAGCCUCAAAUACUGCUAGACCUACAAAGAACGACAUUCCAUCAGUACCUCAAACUGUCAUAAAAAAAGUAAAACCUACCGAUUUCAGUAGCUACCUUAAACAAAUUACCCCGCUAUUUGAGAGGUACAGUCAUAACAAAGAAUGUGGAGUAGAAAAUUCACACUCUAUGAGGAAAUCAACUUCUUCUUUUGAAUCUCCUGUUGCUUCCACUACAAAGAUCUUGACAAAUCUUGAGAAUUUGCAAACAGAUAACUCUGAAAUUCCUGUACAUCGACUAGAGAGUUCAAGAAAUCCUUAUUCCGUGCGUAUGCCUCCUUAUUCUCCUGAUGACGAUCGACCCAUAGAACCUGUAAUCGAUCUUCCAUUACUAGAAACAGUCCCUUCAAUAUUUUUCGAUCCUGAAUUUAAUUUAGAAAAUCCUAGAACAUUUGAUAUGGUGUGUGAAAACACUGAUAUUAUCGAUGGUAACCCUAGGAAUCCGACUAUUUCGACAAAUGUAAUACUUCAAGAAAAACUUUCACAUUAUCUUGAUACGGUUGAAGUACAUCUUAUUAAAGAAAUUUCUUUACGAUCAUCUUCAUUUUUUGAGGCUUUAUCAAAUCUUCAAGCUUUACAUUCUGAAACAUUAGAAUGCGUUUAUCAAAUAAAUAGUUUACGUCAAAAAUUAGCUCAAAUUGAUGAUUCUCAAGCUAAACAAGGGCUUGAAAUUGUGAGGUUAAAACGGCGUCGUACAAAUAUGAGUAGACUUUAUGAAGGUAUAAGAAUGGUCGCUGAAAUUAGCUCAACGCAAUCGGUAUUACAAGCGUUGUUAGAACAAGGUGAUUAUUUUUCUGCUUUGGAUUUAAUUGAAGAAGCAAAUUCUAUUUUAAAUGGGGGUGAAAGUCAACGAUCUCAAUUGGAAGAGUUAACUAACGAUCAGGGCUUAAAAACUCCAAUUUCAUCAACAAAUAAUUCUAAAACAAUGAUUGUGAGUAGAUUAAGCAACGUAGCGGAUGGGUUCAAAAAGUCUGGCACCAUCGAUUUGAGAGGUGUAAGAGCAUUAAUGUACUUUGGUGGGCAACUUGGUGAAAUGUAUAAGGCAAUCGGUGUGAUGAUGGAAAAUGAUCUAUUGAACAUGUUGUUUAUGGAUUUUGGAGAACAUAUAGAAAGUGUAAACACUACAAACGCAAUAAACAUUCUUUGUAAUGAUAAUAAGAUUAAUUAUUCCGUAAAACAUAGUACUCCUUCUAUCAGUAGUAUGAACGAUCCUAAUUUAAUGGAUAACGAAGAAAAGCUGAAAAAAAGGAUAACGCCACUAGUUUUAGGCUUAUAUAGAAUGAAUCGAUUCACGUCUACUUUACAAGCAUAUCGCGAAAGAAUGUUGGAUGAAAUCAAAAAAAUAGUCCAAAUUCAAAAGCAUUUUAAAUCUUCAACGACCCUCACGGAAGCUAAAGAUGAUCACACAAGUUAUUUAUCGACGGAACGUAGUAUGAAUACUACAAAAUUAUUGAAAGGAAUGACUUUUGAUGCUUUUUUAGACAUGUUAUUGUCGAUAUAUGCAAUUUUGCUUGAAGGAAUUAAAAGAAUUGCGGUUUAUAAUGAACUUUUCUCUAAUAUUAUAACUGAUGCUCAAAAAAUCAGUUUAGGACUUCAUUUUGACCUGUUUGAGAAUGAAAAAAAUUUAUCAAAUAAAGUUCCACAGGUAAACGAUGAUAGUAAAUCACAGAAAGAAACGGAAGCUAAAGUUUCGGAUACUAAAACUCAAAUUGAGUCUAAUACCGGAAAUUCUAAAAUCAGUACUGCUUUGAAAAUUACUACUGGAAUAAAAUCCAUAAUACAAAAAACCCAAUCUUUAGCAUUAAAAUCAUCGUCAUCUUUACUGGAUCCACAACCUAAAAAACCAGAAGUUGUAUCAUCACCUUCCAAAACAGAAAUAAAGCUUGAUUCUAAUAGUCAAUAUACACAGCUAGUAUCAGAUUCUUCACAAAUAGUAUAUGCUGCGGCAGAUCUGGCACAUGUACGGUGCGCUAAGUUGAUCGCGGUUCGUGCAGAUCAAAAUGCCCAACUGAAUCAAAAGGACUUUUAUCGACUAUUUAAUGUUACGUGGGCAUUUGUUUUGGAGUGUGAAAGUUUAUGUGGGCCAUUCUUGACUCAUUUUCACAUGGAAAAGACAAAGCAAGAAGCAACAUUGGUUGAAAAUGAACAAUGGAUACAAGCUGGUGUGCCUAUUGAUUUUCAGCGAAUUGUAGAUCGAAUUAUAGCUGCCUCUACAGAAGGAUUAUCAAUUUUCAAAGAUAGUCUAUUUGACCAUUUAACACCACCAGCAUCGCCAGUAUAUCCACCCUCAGUUACUCAAUCCGGUCAUAACAAUGACGUUGCCAAUGGCACGGAUGAAAAAGACCGUAUUCAAAACAAUCCACCCGCUCAGUCAAGCAACCGUCAUAUAUUUGUCGAAGAUCGGAAAUUUUUUUUAGUUGGUUGCAGCUUGUUACUCCUAAAAAUGGUUGAUGAUUAUCUUAAAUGUAUGGUCAAUAUUCCAGUAUUGAUCACCGAGACGAUGAAUAGGAUUAUAGAACUUUUAAAUUUAUUUAAUUCAAAAACGUGUCAAGUUAUUCUGGGAGCAGGUGCCAUGCAUUCUGCAGGAUUAAAAAAUAUCACAGCAAAACAUUUGGCACUUGCAUCUCAAUCCCUCGGUGCUAUUAUUGCACUGAUACCAUUUAUUCGCGAAUGCAUUCGACAUAAUCUUAAUGCUAGACAAGUGGUUAUGUUGACAGAGUUCGACCGGAUUAAAAGGGAUUAUAUUAAUCACCAAAGUGAAAUACAUACCAAACUGGUAUCAAUUAUGAAUGACCGCCUGGUAGUUCAUCUUAGGUCUUUUCAGUCAAUAAACUGGGACGAAUCAGAUACCAAAGACGGUCCAAAUACUUAUAUGGAAUCAUUAGUUAAGGAAACUACAACUUUGCAUAAGGUUUUAAAUAAAUAUCUUCCGCUAGAAAUUCUUCAG